AUGGCAGAUGACGCUGGAAAGUCGCUGGAUUUAAUGAGAAGAAUUUUCCAAAACGAAAUCACGAAAGAGUUGCAGCAAAUUAUGGAUCGCCACAUUCGUACGACAUUUUCGCCUGCCAUCGAAAACCUCAAAAAGAACGGGCAUGCUGUCGACCAGGACGUUAUCAACGACCUAUACACCAGUAUUUUGGAAGCGGCGAAAGCUUCAUUCAUGAGGGAUCGCGCAUCGACAAUGAACCGCGAUCGGCUCAAUUCAGAGAAAAGCAUGAAGAGAGGAUACGAAUCAGAUGAGUCCGACAUUAGCAUAUUGAGUCAGUCAAGCGAGAUUAAACGCAGACGUGGAAGACCACGGAAGGAUGAGGAGCCUUCGCUGGAUCUUUCACCCCUCACACUGAAUGAGGUGUUGAGAUGGUGUCCGGAACGUCAUCUUCUCAGCACUCGAUACAUUCCAGCAGCUAAAGUUGCCGCUCUGCUUUCCAUACCAGUCACGGUGUUCUUUAACAAAUAUCCCAGAAUGUUCCGGUAUUCCUGUGACGAGGAAGACCGUGCUCUCCUAAUGGAGGAGAAGAAACUGUCGAGAAGUGCCGGCCGCUGUUACCUCAUGGUCAUGGAUGAUGUCACUGAACUGCUGGGUCGAUCGCCGGAUCUCGAGUUUGCCGCUUUCACACUGAACGAGCACAUUUUGCUGAGGAUGCGAUCCAGGACGGCACCAGUAUUUGAACGGCUGAAAGCUCGUCUCCCACCAUCAGCAUACCCUUUCAACCAGUGA